GUUUAAUCAAAAGGUGAUUUCUUCAACAUUUACGUCAUGGUAAAGUGGUUCCUAUUGCUGCUUCUCUUGGGAUUCCAAGUUCAGGGUCAGAAUGAGAAUGGACCACAAGAUACUGUCAUCACUGACGAGCAUUCUCAACAGGUGUUUCAGAAUAUCGAGCCAAAAGUCUCGUUUCCUGGAUCUGAAUCCAGUCAAACUGAUGAAGCUGCCAAUUUAUACGCGGAUGCGAUUGGUAUUCUCGAGUCGCUUGCUCCAAAAAAUCUGAUUAAAUCAAAUCGACAAAAUACAAAGGCGUAUGGAGCAGCUACAGAACAGAAUCAGCUUGAGCAAAUGGAGGAUUUGCUGAAUGAUCUUGUUGGAUUGAUUGGUCGAUUAUUUUAUUCCCGAGUAUCAUGGAUUCGCAAUCUUUUUACCUUUACCUUGCAUACUCCUGUACAUUUUAAGCCCGAAACUGAUUCUCACGUUGAUUUUGACAACGAAAAUCAAAUGAUUCGUGAUGGAAAUAUCGAUAUUCCUUUGAUUGAAGAGUCAGACUCGCCUGCAUUGAAACGAGCCAAAGCUGUCAAAUGGCUGUAUGUUGCAGCAUUUCAAAUGGAUAGUUUGCCUGCUCUCAAGACUCUUGGUGAUAUGUAUUUGUUUAGUGAAUUUGGACACCAGAGAAAUGCAACCGCUGCCUUUCAGUUUUAUCUGGCUCUUGCCACAAAAGGAGAUCCACACGGACAAUUUAUUGUUGGUAAAAUGUACGCUACUGGGGUUGGGAUUCAACGCAAUUAUCCAAAGGCACUUGUAUAUAUGACGUUUUCUUCGCUUGGAAACUAUUUACUUGCACAUCAAACUCUUGGCUACUGGCACGCUGUAGGAAUUACUAUGCCUAAAGAUUGCGAAUCAGCCGGCUGGCAUUAUUCUGUGGUUGCCUCGGCAGGCGUUGAGCAGUUUCGUGAUGGCCCAUUAGGAGGAAGAGUGUUUCCCGAACAUCCACUUCGCCUAUUUGAAAAAGAAGGUGGCAUUUUUGGUGAAGGUGCAAGUGGAUCUGAAAGUCAUGGCAAGCGAAAAACGAAUGCAGGCAUCCUCAGUAAUGAUGACAUUUUGACAUUUUAUCGUCUCCAGGCAGAAACGGGAGAUCCAUACGCCCAACUUAUUACUGCCCAGCUAUAUUAUCAAGGAACAGACACGACUGAAAAAGACUAUUCCAAAGCAUUAAAGUUUUUUGAGCGUGCUGCCAAUCAGCAUCCAGGCAUGGCUGCCAUUAAUUCAGCAGACGUGUCUCAGACUACACUUCAAGCUGCACGGUCUGCAGCAAAGGCAGCAGGAUUUCUUGGUGUCAUGCACAGUCGAGGCGAAGGUGUUGAGGUGGAUUUGGUCAAGGCACGCAUGUGGUACGAGCGUGGUGUGGCUCAGGAUGGUGCUGCAAGUUUUACUGGCCUUGGUGUUAUGUACAUGAAGGGUUUGGGCGGACUUCCUAAAGACGAAGCAAAAGGAGUCAAACUUUUUGAGCAAGGCGUAGCGCAUGAUAAUGCCGAUGCCAUGGUAUAUCUGGCCGAGCAUCUUAUGAAGGCACCUCGCGUGGAUCUUACUCAAGUUACCAAGUUGCUGAACAAAGCGGCUCAAACGAGCAAUUUGCUUGCUUACUAUCACAUGGGUCGUAUGUUUCUUAAAGGCCAAGGGGUAGUCACAAACUGUAAAUUUGCGCUUACUUAUUUGAAAACCGUAUCUGAGCGUGCCAACUGGAAAGAUACCGCUUUGAGUGAUGCAGAAGAAGCCUUGGAGAGAGGUGAUCGUGAAACAGCUUUCCUGCAUUAUCUCUUUGCUGCUGAGCGUGGGUAUGAAGUGGCUCAAGCCAAUGCAGCAUGGAUGCUGGAUCGUGGAAUGUACACUCCAUCUACAUCUCUUUUAUGGAUGGACGAAAAACUUGCUGACCCAUAUGAAUUUGCCAUGCAUUUGUGGAAUCGUGCUUCCAACCAGGGCAACGACGAUGCUCGCGUCAAAAUUGGCGAUUACUUUUACUAUGGUCUUGGAAUGAAAGGCUUGCCUAGUACUCACAGGGAUGAUGCGGACGAAGAAUCAUUUGAAACAGUUUACAAGCCAUCGUUGAUAGAGAGACUGCUAGGUGUUACAUUUAUCUUUGACAAGGCGCGUGUAUCAAGACCUAGCUAUGAGCGUGCUGCUACAUACUACCAAGUAGCAGCCGAGACAGAAUAUUCAUCUAUUGCCAUGUAUAAUCUAGGGUAUAUGCAUGAGCACGGACUGGGUGCAAUCAAGGAUCUUCAUCUUGCAAAGCGAUGGUAUGACAUGGCUUUGUCCACCAACCCUUCAGCAUUUAUUGCUGUUCAUAUUGCACUUUCAGGCUUGAUGAUCAAAUGGGGUGUGGCAUAUAUACUUGGUGUGAUUGGAUUCAAAUCAAUUGGAGUUGAUGAAGCUGAUACCUUGACUACACACCACUCGGUUGUGGAUGAAGCACCACUUCCACCUCCAUCGUCCAGCUCUCAUACAGAGGAAGUUGAGAUGGAUGAUAACCUUGUAUCGGGCAAUCUGUUUGCCAUUUUGCUAUUUCUGGCAGCAACAGGGCUUAUGUUUUGGCGAAAUCGAUUGGAACAUCAGCACCGGGCGGAAGAGGCAGCAGCAGCACAACAGGCAGCAAGAUUGGCUGAAAAUCAAAAUGUACCCGCUGCUGCACAUACUGCAAUGGAACACACUCAACAAGCCACUGCUUUUCCUGACGAAUUAUCAUCUGCUCCAAAAAUGACACGAGAGACUCGGAAUGUUUCUGCCCAGUCCACAUCUAAAUCCGGGAUGGAGCACACCUUGCCGGUUGCAUCAGGUUCUGAAUCAGCACAGCCAUCUGAUUCUACGAGUAUUGAAUCGAAUAUGAAUCAUCAGUCUGCCUCGGUCGACUAUUCACUCAAUUCUACACGAUCCGCCUUUUUAAAAGCAGCAGAAUUGCGAAAACGUGUAGUGGAGCACCAGCAAGUAGAUGAUCAAAGUAAACACACAAAGGGUACAGAUGAAUCUGACCACAAUGAAUGAUAUGAUUAGUUUUAAUGUUGUUUUUGAUUUGAAAAGUUUAAAAUCUGGUAGUUUAUUCCAAAGUAAUAAAGAUGAACAAAUAGCCCU